CAAGCACCAUAAGUCGCAACUUGGAAUCCCCAAUCCAAAAUUCAGCGACAACUUCACAAAUUUCCCACCCACCAUAUAUUCAACCAAAAUAAGUCUUCACUUGGUAUCAAGGUGAUCUGUAGAUUCCUUGUAUUACCACCUUUUUCACAAAAGGCUCAAACCAGACAUCUAUAUUACGCAUGGGGUCGAAUAUUUGUCAAACAAAGCUAGCCCCUUGUACACAACAGCAAUCACCAAACACCAGCCCAUCGAUACAUUUCUCCGUACCCCUCAUAAUUACACGAUGGCGGCACGAAAACUUCAACAGGAAGUCGACAAGUGCUUCAAAAAGGUCACUGAAGGAGUGGCAGAAUUCGAAUCAAUCUAUGACAAGAUAGAACAGUGCACAAAUGCUGCGCAGAAGGAGAAGCUGGAGGACAACCUCAAACGAGAGAUCAAAAAGCUGCAGAGGCUCCGUGAUCAGAUUAAGACAUGGGCGGCAAGUAAUGACAUAAAGGAUAAGGGUCCUCUGUUAGAUCAUCGGAAAUUGAUUGAAACGGUAGGGCAUCUAUUUACUUUGACUGUGGGGUGAGCUAAACUGUUGCAGCAAAUGGAGAAGUUCAAAGCAGUAGAGAAAGCCAUGAAGACAAAGGCAUAUUCGAAAGAAGGGUUAUCGGCGGCUGCCAAACUAGAUCCUAAGGAGCGCGCGAAAAUGGAAACGGGAGAAUUCCUGGGCAAUAUGGUGGAGGAGCUUGAGCGCCAGAUCGAGACAAUGGAAGCCGAACGCGAGUCGAUAUCAGCAACAAUGAAGAAGGGGAAAACCCAAAGUGCAAAGGCUGACAGGAUAGCGGAGCUAGAUAAUCUGACUGAACGGCAUAAAUUUCAUCAAAAUAAGCUGGAACUCAUUAAACGCUGUCUGGAGAAUGGUAAUGUCGAGGUUGACCAAGUUAAAGAUCUUGAGGAAUCCAUCAAGUAUUAUGUGACGGACAACAUGAACGAUGACUUCAUGGAGGACGAGGAGAUGUACGAUGAGCUUAACCUUGAUGAGGAAGAAGAUAACUACGGCAUGAAUAAUGAUAAUGAUCGGGUGUCAUCACAAGACACGCAAUCGAUACAGGAAGACAUUCCAGAUACAGAUCAACGAUCGAAUAGUUUACCCGGGAAGUCAAAGACGGGUCCCGAACCACCUUUGGCUGCUGCACGGAGACCUUCCACGCAACUGAAAAGCCCUCUUCCUUCAUUGGCCACUCUACAUACUCCAUUAUCGACGCUAUCAACAAAUGGAAGUUCAAGUAACCUUAUGAAACCAGCUGCGGUACCUACACGUGCCCCUGGGGAAACUUUGAAAUAUGCAUCGGCAGCCGCCGCAGCUGCUGCUAGUGAUAAGAACGGUAUUGCGCCUUUGCCACCUCCACCUGAAGCCCUUCCACCCCCCUCAACGUCAGCCAGCCACCCACCAUUAUCUGGAAAUGCCGGACGAAGACCGAGUGUAACGGCAUCUCCCACGACUAUACAUUCUCAAACCGCCAGUGUCAACCAGACACCCGUGACAAGAUCUAGUGUCCCAACUACGGAUACACCAUCAAGUGCCCACACGAAAUCUCCAGCUUUGAGCCAAUCAAGUGCGGCGCCUAGUGGAGCAAGUGUCUCCCAUUCAGUUGAGAAAACAGAGACUUCUAAACCAAAUGCGUCCUCGACUUCGUCAGGAAAGGCCCCAGCCUUAUCUAAGACAGCGGAAGGCAAGAGAGGUUCGUCAAAUGCUAUCCCAUGUAACUCAAGUGCUAACAGUUCUAUGCAAGCUGUUCCACCACAGUCAAAUGGGGUGUCGAAUGGGCUUAAGCCAAGUACACCAGAGAACACAGAAUCAGUAUAUCAUCUGCCGUCAGGGUUCCAAGACAUGCUUCAAUCUUUCGAGGUAAUUCAAAAGAGUGCUCCAGACGCUUUAUCCACUGCAUCUCAGAGAAUGCUGGCAUCAUCUCAAGCUAGUGGGCCAGGCAUGCAAGACAUAUCAUCUCCUCGAAGCUACAAACCAGAGACCCCUUUCAACACACCAUCAUAUUACCCUCAAGAUGUCCCUUCGGUGCUUGACGACCCACGGUUGUAUAAUCGUAUAGAUGGAGAAACUUUAUUCUAUGUCUUCUACUACAAGCAAGCCACAUAUCAACAGUAUCUUGCAGCUAAAUCCCUAAAGGAACAAAGCUGGCGAUUCCAUAAGCAAUAUCAGACUUGGUUUCAAAGACACGAAGAGCCAAAGGAGAUUACUGAGCUGUAUGAGCAAGGGACCUAUCGUUUCUUUGACUACGAAAGCACAUGGUUAGUUUCACUACAAUAUGUUCAUUUCCCCAACAUCGACUAAUCGACUACAUAUAGGAUGAACCGAAGAAAAGCGGACUUUAAGUUUACCUAUAAAUUCCUAGAGGACGAUGUAUGAAUAAUGCUCUGGCGCCUAUGGUAUCUUUUGGUCGGAGGAUAGGUUGGCGCAGUGGGAAUUGCUCAACCAGUAUCUGGCUAAGCGGAAUGACCUUAGUCGGCUUAAUAGCAAAACUUUGCUCAUCUGAUUUCAUUCGGAUGAAGUUCCUUAACUUAAGUGAAGAUGUUUUUCCGAUAAAAAUGUUUGAUAAUUUUAGUGUGACCGUUGCGAAAUUGCAACCCUUCUGGCUCACUGACUACUAGAUAUCUUUUGUGUUGUAUUAAUGGAUAGGAACACAAGGAGAUUGACAUUUAUGCCAAUUGAUAAGUUGCAUUCUUCGAGGCGAGCCAAAGGAGGAGACUUCCAUAUAUCGGAAAAUUCGAACCGCCCUCUUAUCUAAUUAUUU